ACAGAACCAAGCAAAGCCAUUGUCCUUUCUCCCCCCCAAAACCUCUGUUGUUUGCUUUUCAACACGUCUGAGGGAGCGCGACCAUGGCCUCUGAUGCGGCCGAGUACCUUUUCUUCGCCUUAGGAUCGAUUGCUACCUUGGUUUGCUGCACCCCCUACAAGCCGAUCAGCGCUAUCAGGCAGACUGGAGAGCCCGGGCGGGAGGAUCCGUUCGUGUACAUGAUCGUUCUGGCCAGCUGCCUCGUGUGGCUGGUCUACUGCGCCGCGACGUCGAACUGCCUCCUCUUCGCCAUCAACGUCGCCGCCAUGAUCUUCCAGUGCUACUACCUCGACGUCUUCAUGCUCGUCUACACCGAGGACUUCGCGCGCUACGUGUUUGGGGUGUUCACGCUCGUCAUCGAGAUGGCCCUCUUCAUCUUCUUCUGCCCACUGACCGUGGCCACCGACGAUGCCAAGAAGAUGGUUUGGGGAGCUGUCGGCGUCUCCUGCAGCGGCUUCAUGUACCUGGUGGCCUCCAUGGAGAUCACAGAGUUGUACAAGGCAGGGAAAGUCAGGGAUGCGUACCGCGCUACCGUGGCCUGGCUCUUCAGCGGCGUCUUCAGGGCCAUCUACGCCCGGAUCCGCGGCGAAGUCAUGCUGGAAAUCUCCAACUGGAUUGGCAUUGGGUUCGCGGUGAUCCAGGUGGUCGAGUACGUUUGGUUGUACUACAAGGGCAACGGGCGCCACGAGGACUAGCGCGGCGCGCGGCGAGCCGGCGACAACGUAUCGGCAUGAUUCAGAAGCUGGCGACGGGCGUCCAAUAUCAGUCCCCUUGGUUAACCUAUCGCGUAUGGAUAAUCUAUCUGUCUGUAGUCCUAAGAGAAACAAAAUUAUGCAUGGACAAGUUGUUUAUCUUCCUUUUAAUUUGCAUGUCAAACAGGCAAGCGGCAUGUACGCACGCACUGCUUGAUCCGGCCGUGUGGGUCAGAACUGAAACCUGAUUGUUGUUUGGCUUUGCUGCACUUUAUGUUUGCUGUCGCCAUAUAUAUCUUAGCCUGUUCAAUUGCUGCAUUGCUUG